AUGUCCAGGCUGUCAGGGGGCGGUGUUUCCAAUGAUGUCACCCGCUUCCUGUCCACGGGGGCGGUGCCAGGCUCACCCACUUCCUCUACCCCCACUGGCCACGUAUUCUCCGCCUCCAGCCAGGCUGAUUGGGCGGCAAAGAGGCUCGUCUGGGUUCCAUCCGAGAAGCACGGCUUUGAGUCUGCCAGUAUCCGUGAGGAGCGUGGGGAUGAGGUGGAGGUGGAGCUAACAGACAGCCAGAGGAAGCUGACCCUGUCCAGAGAGGAGGUCCAGAGGAUGAAUCCUCCCAGGUUCAGUAAGGUGGAGGACAUGGCUGACCUCACCUGUCUCAACGAAGCCUCCGUCCUACACAACCUCAGAGAGAGAUACUACUCUGGCUUGAUAUACACAUACUCGGGCCUGUUCUGUGUGGUGAUCAACCCCUAUAAGAACCUGCCCAUCUACACAGAGUCUAUAGUGGAGAUGUACCGAGGGAAGAAACGCCAUGAGAUGCCCCCUCACAUCUACGCUAUAUCAGAGGCUGCCUACCGCAGCAUGCUACAAGACAGAGAAGAUCAAUCUAUCCUCUGCACCGGCGAGUCUGGCGCAGGGAAGACAGAGAACACUAAGAAAGUCAUCCAGUAUCUGGCUCAUGUGGCCUCGUCCCAUAAGACUGGAACUCUGGGUAGAAACAAGGAGGCCUCACAGGUAAACUGGGGAAGGGGGGAGGAAGAAGAGACUAUAUGGAGGAAAUGGGGGAGAGGAGGGGGAAAUGGGGGAGAGGAGGAGCUUGGUCAGAAGACAAAGACAGAGAAGGGGAAGAAGAUGUGA